UCACACUCUCACACGUAAGCGGACAAACCUAUGCUCGGAUUUCGGUUCUUCUCCCCUUCGCCAAUGCAAACGGAAAUAUGCAGCGAAGCCUCACCAUCCUCUACACCAGUUUACUGGGGGUGUGCUUGGGUUCAAGCUCAAGUUUCCCAAGUAACAUCAAUAUAGGAGGAUUGUUCCCGAUCGAAUCGCACGAAUAUGAGGUGUUCCGCUUCGCCCUCUCGCACCACCAGGACAUCCCCAAACUGGUGCCGCAGGUGGACAUGGUCAGGAUGGGGAAUAGCUUCUCCAUGACAUAUGCCUUUUGCUCUCAGUUCUCCAAAGGUGUGUACGCCAUCAUCGGCCUGUAUGACAGAAAGACAGUCAACAUGCUCAUGUCCUUCUGCGGAGCGCUGCACGUCUGCUUCGUCACGCCGUCCUUCCCCAUCGAGACGGCCAACCAGUUCGUCAUCCAGCUGAGGCCCGAGCUGCAGGACGCUCUGGUGGGUGUCAUCGACCACUACGGCUGGACCAAGUUUGUCUACAUGUACAGCUCGGAUUCAGGCCUGUCGGUGCUGCAGAAGGUUCUGGACACAGCAGCGGAGAGGAACUGGCUGGUGACCUCGGUGAACGUGGAGACCAUGACGGAGGCCUCGUUCUUGAAAGUGUUUCAGGAUCUGGACAAGAGGAAGGAGGGCCAGAUCAUCAUCGACUGUGAGACCGAGAGGCUCACUGGCAUCCUCAGGAAGAUUGUCGAACAGGGCAAGAAUGCUAAGAGCUAUCACUACAUCCUGGCUAACCUGGGUUUCCUGGACAUCGACCUGACAGACCUGAGGAAAGGUGGGGCAAACAUCACCGGCUUCCAGCUCGUCAACAACUCUGAGCCCGGCGUCAGCCGCGUUGUCCAGCAGUGGCUGGACUUUGACAAUAAAGACUCCAAAGUGCCCAAGAGUGGACUAAAGUAUACUGGCGCGCUAACGUACGACGGGGUGAAAGUCAUGUCCACGGCCUUCCAGAAUUUAAGGAGACAGAGGAUAGACAUUUCUCGCAGGGGCAACGCUGGCGAGUGUCUCGCCAACCCACCAGCCCCCUGGGGACAGGGCAUAGACAUCCAGAGAGCAUUGCAGCAGGUUCGAAUAGACGGAUUGACGGGUCACAUUCAGUUCAACGAGAAAGGCCGCAGAACCAACUUCACUGUCAGCGUCAUGGAACUGGCCCCAUCCGGCCCCAAGAAGGUCGGCUACUGGAAUGAAGAUGAGAAGUACGUGACCACGGCGAGCUUCAUGCGGGGCAGCAACGAGACGUACGGCCUGCAGAACAGGACCUACAUCGUCACCACUAUCUUGGAGUCACCGUAUGUGAUGCUGAAGAAGAACCACGAAGGGCUUGCGGGAAACGAUAAGUACGAGGGCUACAUCGUGGAGCUGGCUGCAGAGAUAGCCAAACAUGUGGGCUACCAGUACAAACUCAAGGUUGUCUCAGAUGGCAAGUAUGGAGCCAGAGACCCAGAUACCAAGAUGUGGAACGGCAUGGUGGGAGAACUGGUGUAUGGGAAAGCAGAUGUGGCUGUGGCUCCUCUGACCAUCACCCUGGUCCGUGAAGAGGUCAUCGACUUCUCCAAGCCAUUCAUGUCCCUUGGAAUCUCCAUCAUGAUCAAGAAACCCACCAAAUCCAAACCCGGUGUGUUUUCAUUCCUCGACCCGCUGGCCUACGAGAUCUGGAUGUGCAUAGUGUUUGCCUACAUCGGCGUCAGCGUCGUCCUCUUCCUGGUCAGCCGGUUCAGCCCGUACGAGUGGCACGCCGAGGACUAUGAGGAGGGAGAGCCACAGUCGCCCACGCAAGCUUCCGCCUCCAACGGGGUGCAGCAGGGCCAGGCACAGACGCAGCAAAACAUAAACCAACAGAAUAUUGACCAGACCAAUGAGUUUGGCAUCUUCAACUCCCUUUGGUUUUCACUGGGCGCCUUCAUGCAGCAGGGAUGUGAUAUCUCCCCACGCUCUCUGUCGGGCCGCAUCGUCGGAGGCGUGUGGUGGUUCUUCACCCUUAUCAUCAUCUCGUCCUACACUGCCAACUUGGCCGCCUUCCUGACAGUGGAGAGGAUGGUGUCUCCUAUAGAGAGUGCCGAGGAUUUGGCCAAGCAGACGGAGAUCGCCUAUGGAACGCUGGAUGCCGGCUCCACCAAAGAAUUCUUCAGGAGGUCUAAGAUCGCCGUGUUUGAGAAGAUGUGGUCCUACAUGAAGGCGGCUGACCCGUCCGUGUUCGUCAAGACCACGGACGAGGGCGUGAUGAGGGUCAGGAAGUCCAAGGGCAAGUACGCCUACCUGCUGGAGUCCACGAUGAACGAGUACAUAGAGCAGAGGAAACCCUGCGACACCAUGAAGGUGGGGGGGAACCUGGACUCUAAAGGUUACGGCAUCGCCACGCCCAAGGGCUCUCCUCUCAGAAACCCAGUAAACUUGGCAGUGUUAAAACUGAACGAGCAGGGCCUCUUGGACAAAUUGAAAAACAAGUGGUGGUACGACAAGGGCGAGUGCGGCAGCGGGGGCGGGGACUCCAAGGACAAGACGAGCGCUCUGAGCCUCAGCAACGUGGCGGGAGUCUUCUACAUCCUGAUCGGCGGCCUGGGCCUGGCCAUGCUGGUGGCGCUGGUGGAGUUCUGCUACAAGUCCAGGACCGAGUCGCGCCGAAUGAAGCAAUCCAUCAACGACGCCAUGCGCUGCUCCACCCUGACCAGGAUGAGUGGCAACGGGAGCGGGGGCGAGAACGGGCGAAUCCUUACCCACGACUUCCCCAAAACCGUUCAGACUCUGCCCUGCAUGAGCCACACCGCCAGCAUGGGUCUGGGGGCCUCCGGCUGUGAUCAUCACAUGACUGUGCUGGCGGCGAGGAACGGGCAGGGUGGGGUUAAAGAAGAGCUCAAGACUUUAAGGACCUCGAAAAUCAUGGCUGUCCACGUUGACCCAACUAUUCUCCCGGCUGUGUAUGCGCUCUGACUCUUCAAAGACUUAACUUUACUGCCAAAAUGCACUGUCGAACCGCUCCUGACGGACUAUGAACAGAACAGAGACUUGUUUUUUUGUGGUUUUUUUUCCAAGAGUCGAAAAGAGAUUCUAAAAGAAAAAGAAAGGAAAUGCGCUGCAAUAAAGACGAGGGGGCGCGUUUUUGAAUUUUUUUACAGUGUUCAUUUACUGUGUGUGUGGGGGAAAAAAAAGAACUUUAUUCUUCAGUGUGACGCCUGCAUUGUGCCAUUUCGAUGGAGCUGUUGACGUUAGACUGUGUGUGCAAUAUCCUCACCUCCACCGCUGACCUUGUACUACCUAGAUGCUUUGAGACGGCUAAUGGAACGUGUCUUUGCACAGAUGUCGGCGGAGGAGGACAAACACUUGUGACUGCUGCCAUGAUUUGAUAUUGUUUUUUGGGACGUCUGCGCUCGCUCUCACGCUCACAUUUACAUGCUAUGUUUUGGAAGGACAAAGUGCUCUGUGUAGCAUAGCCCGUUUUUAUGAUAUAUAUAUAUAUAGUGUAUGGUUUACACUGUUGAAGAAGCGCAAAGAGCUUUGUGGGUAGUUUGAUUUGACUGCUCUUAGACUGAAGGUUGAUGCCGUUUGACCAGGCUAUGACAAACAUGCAUCGCUGCUACACCUCAUCUAACAUAUCAUGCCUUGUCUUUGUGCCAUAUGACCAUUCUCACAGAUGAACACAGAUCCAAUUUACGCCUGUUGCUGCGGGGUCGGUUUGACCUGCAGCUGGUGAGAGUUUCAGUAUUUCAUGAUUGCAGAGCUCAGAUUCAGACGCUCUGAUCUUUGUGAGAAGGAUGGGAGAAAACACACAUUAGUCUUUGGUUCUGUACAGUACUGAGUGACCUUACACUGUAAAUGUACUCUCGUGACAUUCAUAGCAUAUUCAUCGAUAUAUUUGCAGCACGUUAAAGAACAAAGAUCGACAAAAUCCAGAUAUUAUCUGGAGAGAAUAUUCCUCCACCUACUGCAAAAUCCGAUGCUGCAUAAUUCACUCUGUCCUCUGAUUUAUUUUCAGCUGUAUUCACUUUUAAUGAAAUGGGCAGCGCAGCUAUUCACCCUCGAUUAAUUGAGAGUGGCACAUCCCCAUCAGAUCGUGCACGGCCUAUUAAAGGAGGGUUCGCCUCCUCUCACUGUUGCUAGCUAUAGCGGAGGUGAUGUCACAGUCAGAAUCGUCCUUGUUCACAGCGAGUCAAGUGGUGGCUGCACAACUCUGGGUUGGCCCUUUCAGAUCAUGUGAGGUAAACAGGAUUAGAGAGGCAGAGCCUGGACCAUAGGCCCUUAAAGGAGAAUUUCACCCCAAAACAUUUCCACAGUGUGAACGAAAUGACUCUUGAUGUAAUUUGCAUUUGCAGGACUGUACGAUUGGACACUGCCAUUAAUGACCUACAGCUAAAAAAACGUUUGAUUUACAAUUAAAUUACACUUUUAAAUAGAAAAAGAAAUAAGCUGGCUUAUUUUUUUCCUUAUCCUUAUUAGUGCUACUUAAAAACACCUGAAAAUAAUUGUUUUUCCUGAAAACCAGCGUCUUCCAGUGAAUAAUAAGUGAUAUCUGUGAAACGGUCAGGAUUUAGAAAUAUAUGUCUCAAAGUGUGAUAUAUGUUUUUAGUAGAACCAUAUCAGGCUUGCAGUCGUUUAUGUAUAAGAUGGAUUUGCUGUUUGUAUUUUUAUAGGAUUUGUUGACAGUAAAAAAAACUUUUCCUUUAAACUCAGCUGUGUCAAAGGUCAAAAUUUUCGGAGAGUGAGACAAACCACUAACAGGUUUUUACAACACAUCACAGCCAGAUGCUAUGUAAAGGUGACAUUAUGAACCUUCUUAGAACUCUCACUCCUCUCUGAUUGCUUAUUUAUCUUUCACUCUCUCCACCUUCACAAAUAUUCCACAGCUAAAUACAACUAUUUCAGAUACCGGUAGUAUCACAAAUAUAGAUUUUCUGAUAUAUUUAUACAUAUGAAGUAGGAUGAGUAAAAGUGGGAAUUAAAUUAUUCAAAAAAAUACACAGUCGUCUUGAAAUGCACCGAACAUCAUCGUCACACGGUGGAUAUGUGUUCAGAGGUGUGAUUUGACUUCGAGGUGACAUGAAGGUUGUUGCUCGACCUUCAACUGAUGUGUGAUUCCAGCGGUCAGCUCUGUACCAUGAACAACACACUGUGGCUGACCCCUCGAUUCACAGAAGCGGCCAAGUUCUGUACAAAGGCAGCACUCAUCCUCUGCUUCCUCAACUGGCCGUCUUUUACUUUCUCUCCUCCUGUGAGUUUCUGCUUUGAAAAGUACCACAUCGAAAGUACGGCUCCUCCCCCCCCCCCCCCCCCCAACUCGUCACAGAAUCACAGAAAACGGGCAGUUCGAGUUUACUGAAAUCAUACAUAUCUCCACCUAUUAUGUAUAUAAAAGGCUUUUUUCCUCUUCACCUGGUGAAAACGUUCUCCUACAAACCAUGCCUCAGUGUACCUGACUUAGUUACCUACUGCGUGAGUACUUUUUUCCUUUCCUCCGUCAUCUACGCGUCUUCUUUUGCUGAUGUUGUAUUAAUUAGGACACAGCACAGCUCUUCAGUGGAGGUUUUACCUUCAGAAAGAUGUUUUAUAUGCCAUAGAAAGAUUUGUUUAAAAAAAGGAUAAGAAAAAAAAAAGACUCAAUGUUUGUAUUAUACAGAAGAAGCAGUUGGGGUGCCGGCUAAGUGUUCUACACUUGGACAAGUGUAAAAAAAAACACACACUGAUGUUGAAUAAUCUGUGAUGCUAUAGUUUAAUUUGUCCGUGUUUUUUAAGUGCUUGGGAUUUAACACCAUUUGAAUAAUUCUUUGUCGUUUUUUCUUUUCCACGGUAUUUGACUAUUGGAAUCUUAUCACAGUUUGUUGACCAGAGGCCUCAUUGUUUUUUUUUUUUUUUAUUUUACAAACGGGGUGUUGCGUAAUUUCAAAAUGAAAAUUAUGGUCAAUAAAUGGGUUGACACUUUAAAAGAAUUUAAAGGAUACAGAUAUUAGGAAUCCAACUUUUGAGAACUUUUUUUUCUAACCAAAGUGUCCUAGAAGGAAGUCAUCAUGCUUUUGUAACCGAAUAA